UGCCGCAUAUAUUACACAUACAGGAGCUACCGGGAAGGGAUGGCGCUGUUCUCACAGCCAGGAUCACAAUUUUGAAUAAGCAGAAGAGAUACUGGACAUAAUAAUACAUCGAUUGCAUCAGACGUGGACACUUUCGCAAUGAAUACCAUAUGCUUGACUCUCCUAUAUAUUGCAGCUCUCUCGAUACUACAGCCCGAGAUGUCGACCAGCGGCUUUUUGAACCACAGGAUACCCGACCUUGUGGAUAAAGCCUAGUUUCGUGCUUCAAACGUUAGCAAUGCCUUGUAAUCGCUUUGUCGUGCUCGGCUGCCUGAGCUGGCUGUCAGCGACAUUGGCAACUCCCCUGGAAAAAGCUGCUCGAGCUAUAUCUCUUGCACCUGCAGUUAGCCACCCAACUUCGUUGACUCAUACUCCGUUUAGGGGUACCCCAACAGUCACCGGAGCUUUAAGUGCGUCUUCAAUUGGUACUGGUGUUCCUCCCCUGGGGAUCCCGUCCACGGCUACUACUUACCCAAGUGAUGGGAAGCUCCACAACCCUCAGCCGGGCCCCUACAUCCCAGCUGGUGGCGUUGGAACUGGCGGAGAGAGGCCAGUAUACAAUGAGAAGAGUGACUUUGAUUAUGAGUCAUUGGCCCUUUACUCUUUACUAGGAAUAUAUCGAACUAGAUCUGUACUUUGUGGACUUUUGCCAGUAGCUGACUCGCUUUGGAGAGUCUGGCGUUUAUGGAUUUCCGGGCCAUCUCAAUUCACGUGAAACAGCGACGCUCGCUUCUUCUCUAGUCAAUUACCACGGAAGCUCGGUAGCAAAUGAAAUUCCGCCAGUUCGAGGGCUCUUUCCAAUGUCGUUGUCGUUUGAAGUUGGAGUUCCUCAGUCUUGGGCUUGGACAUUACUAGCACCUUACAUCAGCUCAUAUCCCGCGGAUCAGACUAGA